GGAAACUCUCAUGUUGAGGUAUUUUUUUUGUAGCACAGGUUAAGAAAAAGAGAAACGUUCUCACAGUGCUGCUUUCUGUAUGAGACCUUUUCUCCAUGCUCGGGUUAUGAUGAGGACCACCGCCGCUCUGCUCUCUCUGUAUUUUUGGGUAAACACUGACAUCCAUGCUGCUCAAACAGGUUCGAAAUGUGGAAUUUCUCAAGUGUGGAACCCGACGGUUUCCUCUCUGAGGGUGGUAGGAGGAACUGAAGCCAUGUACGGAUCACACCCGUGGUUGGUUUCCCUCCAGAACAGGGGCUCUCAUUUCUGUGGAGGAUCCAUCUUGAGUGACUGCUGGAUAAUGACUGCUGCACACUGCUUCACAUCUUUGUCAAAAGAGUUUCUCAGUGGUGUGAGAGUCCUUGUUGGAGAGUUUGACCAGAGAGUACACGAUGAGGAGGAGCAAGUCUUUCUGGUCAAGUCUGUCUCAGUCCAUGAAAAGUACAACCCUGCUCUGCCGAUGAACUAUGACAUAGCUCUCAUAGAGCUGAACCAACGCAUCCAGAUGGGAGCUCGUGUCCAGCCGAUAUGUCUGCCUUUACCUAAUGACAAUAUCCUUCCUCAGACCGCUUGCAUGACGGCUGGAUGGGGGAGGAUAAAGGAACGUUCUAUGAUGAACCAGAGACUCGUCCGGCCUCAGCCGAGCAUGACAGUUCUGUGUGCCGGCCCAGAGACAGGAGGGAGGGAUGCCUGUCAGGGAGACUCAGGAGGUCCUUUGGUGUGUCCAGCAGGGUCAGAAGGUCAUCGCUGGGUGGCGCUGGGCGUGACUUCCUGGGGUAAAGGAUGUGGUAGGAGCUGGGGAAACAACAGCAGCCGCCCCCCUUCCAAACGAGGUUCUCCGGGGAUUUUCACUGACGUCAGGCUGCUGCUGCCUUGGAUCAAGCGUAAAUUGAGAGAGGCUGAGCACCAGCAGCAGACAACGGUUUCAUCAAGACUCUGCAGUGUGAGAGAUGGGCCUGUGUCUGACAUUAACGGGGUAAUCAAAAAUCCCAGGCUCCAUGGCGAUCGCUAUGACAACAACCAGUUGUGUUUGUGGAGCAUCAGCGUUCCUCCAGGUUAUAGUAUUCUGCUGGAGUUCGAUCUUUUUGACUUGGAGAACGACUCAUACUGUCGGUAUGAUCGACUCACUGUUUCAGUAGGAAGCCAUCGGCCUGUUGGGAUAUUCUGUGGAAGUGUGCUGCCCGGCCCAGUUCUUCUAAAUAAUUCCCACAAUGCCACACUUCUCUUUUCCUCUGAUGUUAGCAGAGCAGGAAGUGGCUUUGUAAUUAGGCACCAUGCGGUCAAAGGACACUCUCAUCCUGGAUGUGGAACACUUGUUCUGGUUGACGAUAAGGCUUCUAUACACAGUCCAAAUCACCCACAAGCCUACAGUAAUGACUGUGUCCUCCACUGGGUAAUCCAUGCUCCUCUGGGUCAUGUGGUUAAGCUGGAGUUUACAGAUUUUGACCUGGAGGAGUCGGAGAGAUGCUUGUAUGAUUCCCUCACUGUCCUGGAAGAUGUUGAAGGAACAGAGGAGAUUGCCUUGCUGUGUGGUGGCAGUAUCCCUCCUCCUGUCCUUUCCUACCACAGCACCAUGGUGCUUCGGUUUACGUCGGACAGCAGCAUCGCUCGUAGGGGUUUCAGGGCUACACUGACAUUCAUCAGCAUUACAGACCUUCAGAACCAAAAGAGGACAGAUGUUGAGGAUCUGCCAGAUGUUUUGACAACUUUUGAACUAGUUGUGCAGCAGUACAGAACCAGAGCCCUGCCUCACCGGGCCGAUGUGGACCAUGACGCCUCAGAGGAUGUUACCUUAAAUGUGGACCGGAGUGUAGAUGAAGAUUACAGUAGGGAAUCAUCAGAGCUGGCACAGUAACCUGCAGGAAGGAGGCUACCUGUUAAAUUCUGCUGUCUUUAAGUCUGCUGCUGCUGCUUGGGAAUGCAAAAACGGGAGUUUUCAAUCGCUUGUCUGUUACUUGUUGCUGUUUCCUAGAAUGCUUGCUCUCCAGUUUUCAACAUACUGAUAGUUCAAGAACCACACUGGUAGUUUAGUUUAGUCAUUUUUGUUACAGAAACCUCAGGAUAUUCCUCGCACCAUUUUGUCAUCUUGCUAUUUUCUUACCCUGAAGUUAUGCUCAAGUAUUAAAGACUGUAUUAAAAAUCUGCCUCAUAAUUUUUUGCAGCGAUUUGGUCAACAUUUGUUGCUUUUAAAUCAUUUGACUUGACACAGAGUGCAUUAUUCUACCCCGUGCUAUGUUUUUAUCAGUGUUGGUGACUGUGACUAAACAAAAUGAUUAAAAUACUGCAACUGUUACUGGGUACAAAUAAAAUUGGCUCAUCUUUUUUAGGAUACUCCCAAAGAUGUUACAUUGAUUUUUAGCAAUUCCAACUGCCAAAAACAUGAUUUUUGUAAAGAAUAAAAUAUAGUAUCUAAUAAAAGGAAUAUAGUGGCGUAUAACAAAAGACCACAAAGCCAAACUCAGCUUCAAUCCCAGGAGAUCAACUGGACACCAGCUCAGUGCAACACCACAUGAGGUGACGGGUCAGCUGGUAAAGUCUACACUCCCAACCAGCUAAUCUCAUACAGGAUGCAGUAUUUGAGCAAACCACUUUGCAACCCACCUCCACCCAGCCCAAUAUCAUAAAUGCCUGCUUUGUUUUCCCAAAUAUAAUUUUUGUGAUUGUCAAUAAAUAUAGUCCUGACUGAGCUAUACUUAAGCACAAAUUCAAUGAACUUGCAGCUUACGCAUGCAUUGCCAUAAUAUGCUCUUGUGUACUUUGCAUUUGUAAAAA